UACCAAACCCGUAGACCGAACCCAAGCAACUCAUUCUUCUUUCUCGAGAUCUCCCACUCCGCCUCCCCGCGUCGCCGUCGAACCCACCCCGUCGCCGGCAGCGCCCCCACUCCCCGCGAUGGCCACCCCCGACCUCCUCUUCAACCUGCGCAACCUCUUCUACCUCGGCGCCUACCAGUCCGCCAUCAACAACAGCGACGUCCCGGGCCUCGACGCCGACGCCGCGGCCGAGCGCGACGUCAUCGUCUUCCGCUCCUACAUCGCCCUCGGAUCCUACCAGCUGGUGAUCAGCGAGAUCGACUCGUCGGCGGCGACGUCGCUGCAGGCCGUCAAGCUGCUCGCGCUCUACCUCACCGGAGACAAGGAAGGUGCGAUCUCCAGCUUGAAGGAAUGGUUGAGUGAUUCAGCCAUAGGAAGCAAUCCUGUUCUGCGAUUGAUUGCUGGAAUUAUAUUUAUGCAUGAGCAAGACUACAACGAGGCUCUCAAGCACACACAUACUGGGGGAACUCUGGACCUGCAUGCACUGAACGUCCAGAUCUUCCUUAAGAUGCACCGCUCAGAUUAUGCUGACAAGCAACUGAAGAUCAUGCAACAAACUGACGAGGACCAUACACUGACACAACUAGCAAAUGCUUGGCUUGAUAUCGCUGUUGGCGGCUCUAAGAUCCGGGAAGCUUAUCUCAUAUUCCAGGACUUUGCUGAGAAGUACCCUAUGACAGGAAUGGUUCUUAAUGGCAAGGCAGUUUGCUGUAUGCAUAUGGGGAGCUUUGAGGAGGCUGAAACUCUAUUGCUUGAAGCCCUAAACAAGGACGCAAAGGAUCCUGAAACUCUUGCCAAUCUUAUUGUAUGUAAUCUCCACCUUGGCAAACCGUCGUCCCGAUACUUCAGCCAGCUGAAGCUGUCGCACCCUGAUCACGUGCUAGUUAAGACCACCACGUCGGCGGAGGAUAACUUCGAAAGGGCGCUCCAAGCUGUCGCCUGAAACAUCCUUGCCUGAUUGCAGUUAGCGCGUUGAGCCUCCCCUGUUCCGUUUUGAAGUGCCUUAACAGAGUGAAUUGUAUUGGUUUUUGCUUUAUAUUGUUCUAUAUGGUAACACACUGGUCUGCCAACCCUGUACUCAAAACAUCCGCUGUAUGAACGGAUAUAUAUGUAGAAUCUCCAAUCGUGGCAUUUGUUGUCAGCAUCCA